AUGGAGUAUAUUCCACAAAAUUUAGAAUAUGCAGUGUCUGUGUUUUACAAUGGAGAGCAACAGGAAAGGGCAAAGGCACACGCCUGGCUUACAACGGCACAACGAGCUCCUGAAGCAUGGAACUUUGUUUGGGAGCUACUUCAACCUCACAAGGGUACUGAAAUUCAGUUUUAUGCUGCAACUACACUGCAUACUAAGAUCCUGCGUUGCUGGAAUGAGGUUCCAGCAGAUAGAUAUGAUGAGUUAAAACAGAAAAUUCUCCAUGCUGUCACCUCAUAUUCCAAAGGUCCUAAGAUUGUAACCAACAGAUUGUGUAUUAGUUUAGCAGCAGUGAUUUUGCAACUGGGAGCUUCAGACUUAGUUUCAACUUUAAGGCCUUUGUCAAAUGCUGAAAAUACAUCUUUACUGCUUGAAGUGUUGACUGUGAUACCCGAAGAAUACAACAGUAUGACAAUGGGGUCUUCUUUACGCUCUAAAAACCGAAAUGCAUUGCUACAGGCUUGUCCAGCAGUAUUGGAUGAUAUGCAUCAUUAUUUACAAACUGCAUAUAGCGAUUACAGUAAGGGGCCACCUUCUGAUGAAACUGUUCUUUCUUGGCUGAGUACAGCAACAUGUGCAGGGAGCUGGCUGACAUUGGCUUUUGAUGAUACUGUUGAAUAUUCGCCUACUAGUGUACCGGAUUACGCGCCGUUAUGUCGAGCUUUGCUGACCGUUGUUCAUGUAAUUUACACUUGGAACGAGGCUGUGAGCGACGCUGCGCUGGAGGCGUGCGAGGCGGCGCUGGGCGCUGUGCGCGCGGCGGGCGGCGGCGCGGGCGCGCUGCGGCGGCCGGCCGCGGCGCACCAGCUGCUCGCCGACCUCGCGGACCUGGCCGCGCGCCUCCUGGCUCGAGACAACGUGCCCAACUCUAUCAACGAGGAACUCUUGUCAGCCAUCAUAACAUGCCUCGUAUCAGUUGCGGACUGCCACUCACGCGCAAUUGUGCAAGGAAUGGAAAUUGACCCGCCGCUACAGACUGCCCAGCGUAUCCUUGAGCUAUUAUUGGCUGCACAAGAAGCACCAGGACACUAUCCGCUGCACGAGACUCGUUCAAACCUUGUAUUCGGCUUCUGGUAUACACUGCAGGACGAAAUAACUAACAUGGCGGACGGCUCACGGAAAAUGAACCCCAUAUGGCGGGAAGUGUUCUCUCGUCUGCUGAUGGCACUAGUGGUCAAAUCCGAGGCUCCUGUUGAUGCCGCCCUCUCACGGGAUGAUCAGGAGCUAUUAAGAUGCUACAGACAAGACAUAUCGGAUACUGUGAUGUACUGCUACAGCAUUCUGGGCGAGUUGUGCUGGGAUACAGUGGAAGAGGCGUGCAGCUCGAGUAGAUCUGAGGAGCGUGUGGAGGCGGCGCUGCACGUGUUCGCGGCGCUGGCGGACGCGGCGCCGGCGCAGCGCGCGCCAGCCGCGCUCGCCGCGUUGCUGCGUCGAGCCGUGCGCGCCACCGCCGCGCGUUCCAAGCGGCUGCUGUGCACAGCGCUCGACUGCCUCGGAGGCUACGCUUCAUGGCUCGGCUCGAUAGAAACUCUCGAAGGCAGCGAGCUGGCGCGCGAAUGUAUAACCGCAGCAGGCUCAGCGCUCCAGCGCUGUCCAGCACCCGCCGCGCUGGCUUUACGUAAACUUUGUACAGAAUGCAGCUCUCAAGCCGCCUUGUUGGCUGGUGACAUAGUAAACGCCGCACAGCAGAGCGCGGAGGGUCGAUCGGAGGCGUUCGUGCGGCGGCAGCUGGCGGGCGCGGCGGGCGCGGCGCUGGGUGCCGCCGAGCCGGCCGCCGCCGCGCCGCUGCUGCACGCGCUGGCGCACUCGCUGCUGGCGGAGCUGCACGCACAGGCCGCGGAGCCGCUGGGCGCCGGCUGUGGCGCAGAGUGCUGCGGCGCGCUGCUGGGCGCGCUGGUGGCGGCGCCGGCGCUCGCAGAACACCUGUUCCACGCGCUGCUGCCCGCGCUCAAGCUGUUCCCGCACCACGCGCCCUUACUGCAGCCCCUGUACCACAUUCUAAAGCAGGCGCUCUCUACGCUACUUAACAACUACAUGCCAGUUAUUGCAGAAAUCGCUGAACUCGUCGUAGCCGGCUUCGAGACUCAACCCUGCGCCUCAGGAUUUGACGUCCUUAAACUACUGAUGGUGGUGUGGGGCGCGGAGGCGGGGGGCACGGGGGCCGGCACGGCGCUGCACGUGUGCGUGUCGGCGGGCGCGCGCGUUGUGGCGGCCGACGUACGCGCGCAGCCCGACCUCACUGCCGCGCUCUUCGCGCUGCUGCUCGCGCUCACCAAGAAGACGCCGCACUGCCUCGACUGGAUCGCCGAUCUGCUCCCGCAGCUUAUUGAACUGGCAUGUUCGUGUGUACGUCUUUGGGAGGCGUCAUCGGCGCGGGCGGCCUGUGCUUGGCUCGCUGCACUGGCGGCUCGCCGCGCUACAGCGCUGCAGCCGCACGCCGCAGCGCUUACAACCGCUACACUGCGCUGCAUCGGUGAGUAG